AUGGCAUCUUCAAAUGCAAGCAAGCUCUCCCGGGAGGAGUUCCGCCGCCAAAAAGACUUGGAUGCCGCACGAAAGGCUGGUACCGCGCCAGCUGAAUUGGAUGAGCAAGGUCGCCCUAUCAACCCACACAUUCCUCAAUACAUUUCCAAGGCACCGUGGUAUCUCGAUACUGGUGCACCUUCUCUUGCCCAUCAACGUCGGCCAGACUAUGAUGCAUCCGCGUCCAAACUCAACGACUGGUAUGAUAGAGGAGCCAAGGCGGGUCCUGCUGCGACCAAGUACCGAAAAGGCGCAUGCGAAAACUGUGGCGCGAUGACACAUAAGCGGCAGGACUGCCUCGAAAGACCACGCAAGAAGGGUGCCAAGUACACUAAUCAGGACAUUGCGCCCGACGAGGUUAUUCAGGAUAUCCAGGCCGGGUAUGACGCCAAGCGAGACAGAUGGAACGGAUACGAUCCGGCCGAACACAGCAAGAUAUACGAUGAGUAUGCAGCGAUAGAGGCGGCACGACAGAAGCUUCGGGAGGAACAGAUUGAUAGUCAGACCGAUGCUGCUGUGCGCAAGGUUGCCAAGGCCGGUGGAGGAGGGAACGAUGAGUUUGGCUCGAGCGACGAAGAAGAUGCAGAUGAAGAUAAAUACGCCGACUCUGCCGACGCCGUAGGUCAGAAGCUCGACGCAAAGACUCGUAUCACUGUCCGCAACCUGCGUAUCCGUGAAGACACUGCCAAGUACCUCAUCAAUCUUGAUCCAUCCAGUGCCUACUAUGACCCCAAGACACGCUCUAUGCGUGACAAUCCAAACAAGAAUGUUAACCCUGAAGAUUCACAAUUCGCUGGUGAUAACUUCUUGCGAAACUCGGGUGAAGCUGUGGACGUCCAAAAGCUCCAAUUGUUCGCAUGGCAAUCCGCUGCUCGUGGCAACGACGUUCAUUUGAAUGCUAAUCCGACCCAGGGCGAGAUACUCCAUCACCAAUACAAGGAGAAAAAAGACCACCUCAAGAACACCAGCAAGGUCGGCAUUCUGGCCAAGUACGGAGGAGAAGAGUACCUUGAAAAAGCACCAAAAGAAUUGCUAAAUGGGCAGACCGAAGAUUAUGUUGAGUAUUCUCGAACUGGACAAGUUAUCAAAGGCAGGGAGCGUGCCAAGGCCAAGUCAAACUUGACCAAACUCAAUUCAGUCUAUGUCAAUAACCACAUCUCCGUUUGGGGAUCUUGGUAUCAGGUCUCAACUAGCAAAUGGGGCUAUGCAUGCUGUCAUUCGACUCUCCAUGGCUCAUACUGCGCGGGUGAAGCUGGGAUUGAAGCAUCCGAAGCUGCCAAAGCGCAAAAUCUACUCAACCCUAGAUCGUUACUUGAAACCCACCUCGAGGCGAGUGGCAAAGGCAAAGAAAGGGCCAAUGUCGCCGAAGACCCUUCAUUGUCCAAAAAGCGACUUGGCGAAAAAGACGUUGCCCUGGAUAAAGAGAAGCUACAGCGAGCAAUUGCUGAAGAGAAGAAACGGAAGAAGGGAGAGCUGGACGAUGAUGGCGGCGACAAGAGGAGAAAGUUUAGCAGUGGCUAUCAAGAUGUAACUGAAGAAGAACUGGAGGCCUAUCGUAUGCAACGGUCGAAUUACGAUGACCCAAUGGCGAACUACAAGGACACUACCAUAUAG